AUGGAUACUCGAUUAGGAUUGUCCGGCGCGUCUCCCGCAACUCCCGCAACAAUCUCAGACCUCGUGAAGCACUCCCACGAACCCCACGGCCACGCAAUGGCCUUUGAAUAUACCGAGCAACUUCUUACCCCUGAGAACAGCCGGUCCGAAACUUCAAGCAACAAUGAAAACGCGUCAAACGAGGAAAAACCGACCCUACGUCGACGAUCUACACGUGUGACGCGCGCCUCGUUGCGGGGAGCGACAGAACUCGAUGUUAACACAGAGACAGAUAGCCAUGAAGUAUCAUUGUCUGUAGCGACCACGGAACACACCAGUUUGAAUGAUACUCUCGACAAUGGCGCCGCGGAGCGGGGGAAGAACUCCCACUCCUCCCAUCUCCGCCACAGUAUUGCGAUCAUGGAAUCAGCUUUGCAUAGCGAAACGAGUCCCGCGCAAGACCCAAUGGAUAUUGAUGACCAUCCAAUGGCCCCUGACACUCCUGUUUCCAAGUCGUCCAAUGGGUCGCAAACCGAAGACGUGUCCGUCGCCUUGCCGCCCCGAACUCUGCGCAAGCGCGUGGAGCAAGCAUUGGCUCGAGACAAAGGCAGCAGAUCAGAGAAUGCCUCUGGGUCUACAAAUGCGGAUAACAAAACCCCAAUGAGGCGCUCAUCUCGUCUGAGUCUGCUAGAAAAGGUGUCCGAUCUUGCUGGCCGUGCCAGUAGUGUUCUGGGCAAACGUUCAAACAGCACGAGGGAGAAAGGAAAGGAAUCAGACAGGCGAUCUAGUCUUCGACCCCGGCAACUUGCUACGUCCAAGGAAGAACCAACCCCCAAAGAAGAACCACCGACAAAGAAACGACAUGUUUCUGAUAAUGAACUUCUAGCCAAGGGUAAACCAGAACCGGAAACAACCAAGGAGGAGCCUACAUCCCCAGAAGUUAUCAAUAGAUUUAAAGAGAAGCGUUGGCUGAGCCAUGGGCUUUAUUCUGGACAAGAAUAUACGAACUCGCGACCAAGCCAAAAGAGAACCGAAAAGGCAAGGAGGAAAAGCCACAACCAAACCCCAGCAAACCACCAGAGGAGGUUUCUACCACUGCCGAUGUUCGCCGGAGAGAGAUUGCUUCAGACUGGACGAGAUUUUGAACUUCCUUUCGAUAUCUACUCCCCUCUUCCUCCAGGCCAGCCGAAGCCUAACGAGUGGAGGAAAACCAAUAAAAAUGUCUUUGUUGGAGAAGCUGGCAGUAUAUGGCGAGCAAAUAAAGAGGAGGAGUUAUCGAAAUGUACCUGCACACCAGAGAGCGGUUGCGACCAGUUUUGUCAGAACCGUUACAUGUUUUACGAAUGUGACAACAACAUAUGUGGUCUAGGGCCUGACUGUGGUAACCGAAACUUUGAAGAAAUCAAACAGCGCGCGAAGGCUGGGGGGAAGUAUAACGUGGGUGUAGAGGUGAUCAAGACCGCAAAUCGUGGGUAUGGCGUCCGCAGUAACCGCACUUUCGAACCGAAUCAGAUUAUCGUGGAGUACACCGGCGAAAUCAUCACCCAAGAGGAAUGUGAGAAACGCAUGCGGACUAUAUACAAGAAAAACGAAUGUUAUUACCUUAUGUAUUUUGACCAGAACAUGAUCAUUGAUGCUACCCGUGGUUCUAUCGCUCGCUUCGUGAACCAUGGCUGUGAGCCCAAUUGUCGUAUGGAAAAGUGGACUGUGGCCGGAAAGCCGCGCAUGGCACUCUUCGCUGGUGAUCGGGGGGUUAUGACCGGAGAGGAAUUGACAUAUGAUUACAAUUUCGACCCGUAUUCGCAGAAGAACGUUCAACAAUGCCGAUGCGGCUCCUUACACUGCCGCGGUAUCCUAGGCCCUCGAAAAAGAGAGAAGGAGCAGCGAGAAGAAUUGAAAGCUGCCAAGAUGAAGGAAAUUGCGGACGCGAAGAAGGCGAAUGCAGCAAAACGGAGAAAAGAGAAUGCUCUUAAUAAAUCUCGCUCGCGCACUACCAAGAAGCGAGGGCCUUUAGCUCCAUCAUCUAUCAAGUCUGGUGUCAAGAAAGCUGUUUCAAGGGCGCGCGCCACUGCCACAAAGGCUACCGUGUCUCGGAAAAAGCCAGCGAACGCGGCCAAGAAGUCGACAAAUGCGUCUCCAAAGAAGGCAUCAACGAAUUCGAAGCGUGGCGCAACCGUCAAGUUGCCUACGAUUAAAGCAAGUCGGGCGAAAGCUAAGACAACGGUGCGGGUUAAAAAGUCUGCCCAAACUGCAAAGCCCAAGAUCGAGAAGGCCUCUGCGCCGCCAUCUAAGUCACGCAAGCGUACCACGGAAACCAAGACCAAAACCGCUGCUGGAGCGAAGAGCCCACCUGCUCUCAAACAACCGAAGCCAAAGAAGGAUGUUUUGAAAGAUAUUCGCGCAACAGUCAACAGGGGAACUGCUACACACUCCCCGAGGGCAAAGCCCCCAGCCCGCACGUACGGCCGCUCCGCUAGGACAAAGACAAAUUGA